UCACGUGGGGGCGCGGUACUCGGCAGCUGCUGCGGUGGUGACGGGGGCGGCGGCCGCGCGUCUUUGGCGGGACCGGCUCCGAGACUGCGCCGCCUCUGCAGGUUGCCAUGGCUGCCGUUGACAGCUUCUACCUCUUGUAUAGGGAAAUUGCCAGGUCUUGUAACUGCUACAUGGAAGCUCUCGCCCUGGUUGGAGCCUGGUACACGGCCAGAAAAAGCAUCACCGUCGUCUGCGACUUCUACAGCCUGAUCAGACUGCACUUCAUCCCUCGCCUGGUGAGCAGAGCAGAUCUGAUCAAGCAGUAUGGAAGAUGGGCAGUCGUGAGCGGCGCAACAGAUGGGAUUGGAAGAGCCUACGCGGAAGAGUUAGCCAGCCGCGGUCUCAGUAUCAUCCUGAUUAGUCGGAACCAAGAGAAAUUGCAGACAGUCGCUAGAGACAUAGCUGACACCUACAAGGUGGAAACCGAUGUUAUCGUCGCCGACUUCAGCAGCGGCCGCGAGAUCUACGACCUGAUUCGAGAAGCCUUGAGAGACAGAGAUAUUGGCAUCCUGGUGAAUAACGUGGGCGUGUUUUACCCCUACCCUCAGUAUUUCACUCAGGUCUCUGAGGACACGCUCUGGGACAUCAUAAACGUGAACAUCGCCGCAGCCAGUUUGAUGGUCCACAUAGUGCUACCGGGGAUGGUGGAGAGGAAGAAGGGAGCCAUCGUCACCAUCUCGUCUGGCUCCUGCUGCAAACCAACCCCCCAGCUGGCUGCGUUUUCUGCAUCGAAGGCUUAUUUAGACCACUUCAGCAGAGCCUUGCAGUAUGAAUAUGCCUCUAAAGGAAUCUUUGUACAGAGUCUAAUCCCAUUCUGUGUGGCUAGCAACGUGGCCACACCCGGCAGCUUUCUGCACAAGUGCCCAUGGUUGGUGCCUUCACCAAAAGUGUAUGCACAUCAUGCUGUUUCUACGCUUGGCAUUUCAAAAAGGACCACAGGAUACUGGUCCCAUUCUAUCCAGUUUCUUUUUGCACAGUAUAUGCCUGAAUGGCUCUGGGUGUGGGGAGCAAACAUUCUCAAUCGUUCUUUACGUAAGGAGGCCUUGUCCUGCAAAGCCUGAAGCUGGACGAUGGUUGGGAAGUUUUGCCAACUCUUGAGAACCUGCAGUAUUCUGACGUUUGGAAGAACACAUUUAUCAUCCACAUUUGCUUUUAUUCCUGAUCGUUUAGCAUACUGUUGACUCAUCAUUUGCAAAGCAUACAUAAUGCUUUUAAGAAUGCUGUGAAAAACCUCAAGGGCCACAUGGAUGGCACAGAAUAAAUCACCACCAAGGCACAAGCACUGGUCAAGAAAACCUAAAUUUUGAUGCUUUUUUCCCCUAAGCCGUUCAAAAGUUGUGUAGUUUAUGUUGUUCUAGGAGCUAAACAGCAGUCUGAUACUGAAAUAUAAUGUGACUUGUCAGCUUUUAUAACUUCAGAUGUUGUUUCCUAAGGGAAAUUAUCUAUUUCAGUAGGUGAAUUAUAGUAUUGGUUUUCAAAUGUUCAUCAGGAAAGACUAUUUAAAUGCAUUAUUUUCUAGGUAAGGCUUCUGGUCUAGUUGUAGAAAUCAGUGUGUAUUAUAUUGUAUAGCUCUAGUUGUUUGGCUGUCUGUGUAUGGAAAUGCUGCUCUUCAACUGAUAUUUCAUUAGUGAACAUAUAUGUGUAUAUGUUGUGUGCACCUGGGCAACUUUUGGGGUGAGUUACUUUAAAAAAUAUUUCUUGUUAAGAUGGCUUAAUGCGAAACCUUAAGGGGGUAUUCAAAUUCUAGAUUACUCCUUAUCAUAUUAAACAAGGCUAUCCAAUUUUGUGCUGUAGAUUUGCCAUCUAUAAUUUUACUUGUGUCUUUUUUUUUUAACCUCUUAUGGAAUUCAUUCAUUCCUAGAUUUGGACAGGUGAUGGUUGACCCUCAGUUGUCUCCUGAUUUAUAAUUAUGGAGAAGUAGUGAUUUCUCAGCCUAUGACCCAUUUUAUAACUGAAAUUUAGCCCUUUAGAGUGUGUUAUAUCUGGUUUCCAAAUACUUUUCUAUGUGAUAUUCUUCCAUAUCAGUAGCAUUGGUGUAAACAAGUAUUCAUGGAAUAGUAGUUAAAAUAUGGACAAAUUAUGGUGUGAUAUGAUGUAUUGUAUCUGAUGAAAUACAUUAGAAGCUCAUUUUUGGUUUGUGUAAUGGAUUGAUGCAUUAUAGUGAAUACUUUUAUUGGUAUGAAGAUGACGAUGCACAAUCCACCACAAAUGUGGGUGAGCCCUGAAACCUGUUGUGAAAUGUUUUUGGUUCAGGUCCUAUAAAGCCAAACAUUUUUUGAGGACCAACUACAUACUUAGUGCUUUGAGAAUUGUAAAUCACUAUACGAAUGUGACAAUGUGUGCAAAUUUAAAAUUCAGAGUUUAAUAUUAUGACAUUGAUGCAAAAAUAAGUAAAUUGAAAUCAGUACUUUUAUGGAAUCUUUUCUCCUGAGAUAAUAUUCCAUUACAAGUAGGCCUAAGCAUGCUUUUUAUGUUACACCCACAGUUUCGUCAGUGACAUUGAUACUUCCAGAUAUGACUUAGUAUUUUCAGAUCUCUGUUUCCCGAUCUGACUUGGACUCAAGAUCAGCGGUUAAAUUCAGAAUCUCUUCUUCCAUUUACAAAUCAGGCUUUCAUCACAUAAGAAGAAGAACUUUAGGUGUGGAAAUUUACACACUAGUGAUACCCGGUAGAACUGAAGGUUUUGAUGGAGUUAGCUUGGAAGCUUUUAUUUUGUUGUAUUUGGCAUUUCCCCCCACCCAACAAUUAAUUUAUGGUCAUUAAUACUAGAGAAAAUUAGACUUCGUGCCACUAUGACCUGAACUUUGAUGUGUAAUAAGAAGCAGCAACUUUAUGUAAAAAUACCAUUUUUGUAUCUACGGUGUUAUGUGGUACAGCAGUGUCUUAUAUUUAUAGAUUAGAUGUUGAAUCAUUGUUCUAUGAUGAGACUCAGUAAACCAUGUCAGUUUUAAAAUUCUCUACUUGGCAGGACGUAUGUAAAUAUACUGAUUGGUGCAAGUCAGUAAAAGAUCAAAACCAAGACUCUUCCUUUGGUUUUAUCUUUCUCAGCUCAUUGGACCACUGUAGAUGGGGUUUCUUAUUUAGAAUGUGGGAAAUAAGAACCUUUGAAACAACCUGUGACCUAAAAAUUUAACAAUAAAAGCAGUUGCUUCUGCUUCCUUUGGAAGAGGUUUUGCUCCAUAUGUUUGUAAACCGGUUGUUUUGGGAAGAUACAUUUUUUUCCUUUAGAAAUAAUUAUUUUAAAAUUACAGAAAAUUAAUUUAAUCUCAGAACACCUGUGAUAGUAGUUCAUUAAAAGCGGGUGAUUGAGUUAAGAAGAUUGUGCAUAACCAAGUGUCUGAUGAAUCUUUUGAAACUACCAAGUUGACUUGUUGCUCUCAUUGUCCUGAUAGGUUGAGUAAGAGGAAGGCUAACUUUGGUCACUGACCUUGGCUAGAUGGGGGUUGCUGACCAAUUGUCCUGACCUAUUUUCCUUGAGUGAUGGGGAUGAAAGGUAGUGGGUUCAAGAAAGAUUGGGAAGAAAAAGGGAGACAGCCAGUUGAGACAGCUCUUUUGAGGAGUCUUUUUUUGUUUUGUUUUGUUUUAACCUCAAUUGCUUAAAAUCUUGUCACAUUUGGGAACCAGAGGGUUAACUGGGGUCAUCAUGCUUGACAUGUGCACCCUCCAAAACCAGGCUCUCUGUGUCUCUGACUCAGUAUUGGCUCAGGUUGUGACUCUUUAGCACUUAGUUUGAAUAAAGAUUUAUCUUCCCAUGGAA